AUGGCUGUGGAGGUCGUAAAUGUUCCCAUGAUCCUCAAUGGAUCGACAGAUCCUGAAAAGGCUGCUACCGACCUCGCCUCUGGUGUGAGUCAGGUAAGGCUCGACGAAGAACCUGCUCAACCCAAGGCCGAGCCUCCGGCGGAAUCGGGGGCUGAAGAAGAGAUUCCACCCGCUGCCCCAGCUGCCACGAUGGCAAGCGAAACGGAAAACCUGCCUGCGCCUUCUUCAUCAAAUCCAUCGAAGCUACCACGCACCUCAGCCGAUGGCCUCAUCAAGAAACCUCUCGCAGAACCUCUCGAGACUUCCAAGCCAGUUCCAAGGCCGGCCUUGUCUACAGAUCAAGAGGCAAAAUAUGCAACACUGCUCAAGAAUGUGUCUGCGUGGACGGAAAUUCCAGAGAGCUCUGCUAGAGGAUCCAAAACCACACCUCUAACCGAAUCCGAGCAGAUGUUUAUGACAAGAGAAUGUCUAUUACGCUAUUUAAGAGCUACCAACUGGAAUGUGGCUCAAGCAGAAACAAGAUUGAAGAAUACACUGGUUUGGCGGCGCGAAUACGGAUUGGAGAAACACACCAAGGACUACAUCUCUAUUGAAAAUGCCACGGGCAAGCAAGUGAUCUUGGGUUGGGAUAACCAUGGACGAACAUGCCUGUAUUUGCGACCCUCGAAGCAGAAUACGGAACGAAGUGAUCGCCAAAUCCAGCACCUCGUGUUUAUGCUGGAGCGGACCAUUGAUUUGAUGCCUCCGGGACAAGAGACCUUGGCUUUACUCAUCAACUUUGCGGAGACCAAGUCUGGACAAGGUGCGACACUGUCUCAGGGAAAGCAGACCUUGAAUAUUUUGCAGAAUCAUUAUCCCGAGCGUCUCGGACGUGCUCUCGUGACCAAUGUUCCGUUUUACAUCUGGGGCUUUUUCAAAUUGAUCACACCAUUCAUUGAUCCAUUGACGCGGGAGAAGAUCAAAUUCAACGAAGAUAUGGGCUUACACGUGCCGCGGGAGCAGUUAUUGAAAGAGAGCGGUGGUUAUGUCGAGUUUGAGUAUUCUCAUGAAGAGUACUGGCCAGCACUCAAUGAUCUGUGUGAACUAAGGAGGUCGGAGUAUCGCAGCAGAUGGGAGCAAGGAGGAAAGAAGAUCGGCGAGUAUGAAGGUUAUCUCAAGGGAGGCGAGGAGAGGAGUCUGGCUGAGUGCGAGAAGGCAGUGGUAGAGGCAUCAACAUGA